GGCGGAAGGGGCGGGCGCAGGGACAAGAUGGUGGCCACCAGGCGGGCCGGGGCACUUCGCCGGCAGCCGGGGGCGCCGGCCGCGGGGGGCAGCGGCAGCCCGGCCGGGGCCGGCGCCGGGGCCGAGCCCGAGCCCGGCGGCGCGGUGGAGAUGGCAGCUGCCAAACUUAGUACUCCUGUGUCUAUGAGGAUGACUAGGAGAAGAACGAAAUCAAUUCAUAAGCCAGAGGUAAUUCAGGAAUCUCAGUCUGAAGGGUUGGAACAUGCAGAAACCAAGUCAGAUGUCGGAGAUAGCUCAGAGAUGGAAGCGACUAGAAGUGAGAACACAACUGUCCAUUCAGCACAAUCAGUUGCUGAACCACAAGCUGAUGGGGAUGUGUCAGAAGCAGAAUCGAACUGCUCUGCUGUGUCUGGUCUUCAGACACCUUUGUUUGUAAGGGUGACGAGACGACGACAAAUUGUAGUUCCUUAUCAGCCGGAUUCUCCUGACAAAAAAAGACAUGACAAGACAGCUUUUCUGAAUAAGUUAAACAGGAUUCUGGAUGAAGAUGAUGUUUCCGAAGCUGAGUCUUGCUCCUCUGCUGUUUCUGGUGUUACUAGAACUAGAAGAAGCAGGCAAAGCAAAAAGAAAUUGCAGCCAGAUACAGUUCAUGAAGCCCAGAGUGAAGAUAUUUCUGAUGCAGACUCGUGCUGCUUAAGUUCCCAUAUGGAACCAUCCGUCACUAACAGACGAGUUACUAGGAGCAUGCAAAUCAAAUCACAAGCACAAAAUACUAAGCAGACUGAGAAAGGAAACAGAAUUGUUUCAGAAGAUGAGAAUUUAAUUGAGGACGCCGUUAAAUCUGAGCCAGUAAUCAUUUCUGAUUCUAGACCUGCUGCAGAAGUUGUUUCUGACACAGAAGAUGCUUCCCCUGUCACCGAGGGUAAUGAAGAACCCAAUUCACCUAAAAGCAAAUCUGCCAAUACAACCCAGAGUGGAGACGUGAAAGAAGAGUCUUUGAAUGAUGUGACACCCAGCAGUCUUACAGAAAUGAAACAAAGUGACACCGAAUUGCACGAGAAAAGGGCAAUUAAAAAUACACAGUCUGUUGGGGUUGAUGAUUCAGAGGAAGCACGUGGCCAAAUACGAGAAGAACACAGUAAAAUCGUUGUGAGGGUGGAAAAGUUAGAGCACAUGGAUUUGUCCGAGUGCAUGAGUCCCAAACAAUUUUUAGAAUUCCAGGGGCAAAUAACACUAAAUAAAGGUAAAAAAAAACCAGAAUGCGAAAGAGCGGAUGCUGAGGCAGACCCACAGCAGCCUCUCAUCCAUGCUGAUAACUUAGGAAAGGGUGAGCAAGCUAAUGAAGUGAGGAGCCCGGGAAAGGAUGAAGCUGUUGCACAGAGAACCGACAGUGUUAGCGGGUGCGGGAUGCUUGAAAUCGGUGUGGACAGUGCUGAAGAUCAAGCAGGAGAAGAUGCUGAACCUGUAGCUCACUGCAGUGGAAUUUCAAGCAGUGGAAACAAUUCUCUUGCGUUGUUUCUGGCCGAAGAUGAAAGUGGUGAAUCUGAAGAUAGUGAUGUGGCAGACAUAAAUACAACUGAAGAGAAUCUGUAUUAUAAAGAGGUAUAUAAGGGGCCUCCUUCCCCCAGCAAAUCUUUAGAAACCAGUUCACUGCAUGCUGAAGGGCUUUUCGUAAUUGAUACCAAGCCUGGCAUAAGUUCCGACCAAAAGUAUUACCUAGAUCAGAUAGACCAAGUUAGUGAUGCUGGAAGUAAGCAUGAAGGAAGUGAAAAAGGUGAAGAAUUGUCAGAUCUGGAAAAGGCUGAAGAGGAAUUCAUAGAUGAAGAUGAGAAAGAUGAAGAUGAUUUGUUGAAAAAUAAGACUGAUGUUUUACAUCUUUCCAGCAGCAUAGACCCUGGUUUGAAUAUCAAGAAGCUUGGAGGUUUAUAUAUUAGUUUUGAUGCUGAAAACCAGAAGCCUAAAUCAAGUGUAAUUAAACAACUGAAGGAGAAAAAGAAGGACCAGCUCUUGCAGAAGAGUGUAAUAACUCCAGAUUUUGAAAAAAAGGAAUGUGUCCCACCCUACAGGGAAUCACUUCGCCAGCUGAAGAAACAGCGCAGGGCAGAGCGAGAGAAGACCACAGGUGACGGUUGGUUUGGUAUGAAAGCCCCAGAAAUCACAGCUGAACUGAAGAAUGAUCUGAAAGUUUUGAAGAUGAGAGCUUCGCUGGACCCGAAGCAUUUCUAUAAGAAGAAUGAUAGAGAUGGUCUACCCAAGUACUUCCAGGUUGGAACUGUGGUUGAUUCUCCCAUAGACUUUUACCAUAGUCGAAUCCCUAAGAAACAAAGGAAGAGAACAAUUGUUGAAGAGCUGCUGGCAGAUUCUGAGUUCAGGAGAUAUAAUAAAAAGAAGUAUCAGGAGAUCAUGAGUGAAAAAGCAGCUUUUGCAGCAGGGAAGAGGAAUCGGAAAAAGAAGAAAUUUCACAAUUAAGACUUCAAGAAAAAUAAAAAAGGUGGAACAACUUCUUGUUAUAAAACUUUUUACAGAAUGCUUUGGUUGUGGUGGUUUUUUCUUUUUGAAGAUUGCAAAUUGAGAGGGAAUUUCUUGCAGUGAGAAUGUUUUGUAGGGAGCUUUAUCCAAUUAUCACGUAUCUAAAUUGAAAUUACUUUAGAUUUAAAAAUCUAAGUAUUUUUUUACUUAAUGUUUAUGUGAAAAAGAUAAUGAUAUGAAAGCAUAUUGUUAAAUCUGAGCACAAAAUCCAACUGCAUGGAUUGUGGUCUUGUCAGCCUUCAGUCUUUACAUCAGUGAAUUGGUAUAUUCAGUUUAAAAUCAUGUCCAUAAUUCACCUUGGCACCCAUUACAUGCCAGAACAGAUUUUUCCAUGUCUUGUCAGAGGUGCUGCUGGCCAAUUCUGUCAUAGGAAAUAUGGACAAAUAGUUUGGUUGUGAAGGGUUUAUUUUAACACUGACCGUAACAGGAUUGAGAAUGUCCUGGAAUUCGGCAUAUACACAUAUGCUUUCUUUCAAAUACAGAGAGAUACGUAAUUUAUAAAUAAAUACAGGCAAGUAAUAAAGAAUAUAUAAAUUAUAGAUUGUUUAAUGAAUAAAACAACAUAAAUAUGUGAUAUAUAAAAUUUUGACACUGUCAUAUGUUGCUUUUAUAAGUUUUGGCCAUUUAAUGAUUGUCUAAUGAUCUUUCAGAAAAUAACUUGGCGGGGGGGUCCGUUGUCUGGGCUGUGGUGUGCAGGUUGUGGUCUGGUAGCUGACUCGGAGUAGUUCUUCAGGUAAAUGAACAGAGUGAGCUUGAAGGCUUCUGCUGCUGUUACAGAACCAGAGAUGGCUCAUUUCCCCUUUAGUGACAGUUCAUAACCUUUGUGAUUGUUGGAACUCUUGUGGCAUUUGGUUGGUUUCCAAUGACCUGGUUAUUACAUUGCUGUUACAAUUAGUGUAACUCGGUUACUGCCCUCAGGUAACAGAAAAGAUGCAUAAUAGAAGAAAUAAAACUGUCGCUACGUUGUCUUAGGUGCACUGGGUGAGAAAGGUUUAGAAGUGAUUAUUGGAGGACCGGUGAUAUUGAAUGUGUUCUUAUCAUAUGAACAUGGAAUUUUACAGGUUGCAGAUCUUAAGCAAGAAAUAUGCUCUUGAGCAGUGUUUAACCAUGACAGUGUAUACUACUGAGAAGUGGUGGUUUUUGUAAGGAUUAGCUAUUUGUGCUGGAAAUAGCUAAACUGAAAUGAGCACCAUGGUAUGUAUUGAUCACCAAUUGAGGCUUGAAAGAAGUUUUCCACUGAUCGUUAGGGGGUUUUUUAUAUUCUUCUGAAGUUGAUCAUAAUGUUUCGCUGCCAGAGACAGAUGGGAUUCUAGAUUCCUUAAGAAGUCUUGACUGCCUGGAGAUGAAUGGUGUGCAAAGUAAAGUGAAUUCCUUGAGAAGUAUCAAACGCAUGCAAGUAGAACCACCUAUCCCCAAGUCCCAGCUAACAUGCUAUAUAGAUGCUAUUCUAGUGCAAUGACAUGUAUGCUAGUAUCUCGAUUCUCUGUAAAUGAUCAAAAGCCAAUAAAAACAACUCUGGUGUCUUGUUCUGUGGAUGAGA